CGCCGGGGCUCUGAGGCGGGGGCUGCCGGCCUGAGGUUUCGGGGUGAGGAGCCCGGCGGGUCUCGGCCUCCGCGUGCUCGCGCCGGCUUGCGCGCGCUCGCGGUCCUGAGCGCUGCGGGAAAGUAAUAAUGCUGCCAGCAUGUCUGCACACUCCAUGCUCUGUGAACGGAUCACCAUAGCCAAGGAGCUGAUCAAGAGAGCAGAGUCACUUUCCAGAUCGAGGAAAGGUGGGAUUGAAGGUGGUGCCAAACUGUGCAGCAAACUGAAGGCAGAAUUGAAAUUCUUACAGAAAGUCGAAGCUGGAAAGGUGGCCAUUAAAGAAUCUCAUUUGCAAAGUACAAAUCUGACCCACCUACGGGCCAUUGUGGAGUCAGCGGAGAACCUGGAAGAAGUGGUCAGUGUCCUCCAUGUCUUUGGCUACACGGAUACCUUGGGAGAAAAGCAGACCCUCGUGGUGGAUGUAGUUGCAAAUGGUGGUCACACUUGGGUGAAGGCCAUUGGCCGGAAGGCAGAAGCGCUGCAUAACAUCUGGCUGGGCCGAGGUCAGUAUGGUGACAAAAGCAUCAUUGAGCAGGCGGAAGACUUCCUCCAGGCCAGUCACCAGCAACCAGUGCAGUAUAGCAACCCUCAUAUCAUCUUUGCAUUUUACAACAGCGUCUCUAGCCCCAUGGCAGAGAAGCUGAAAGAGAUGGGCAUAUCUGUGAGAGGUGACAUUGUAGCUGUGAACUCCCUGGUAGAUCACCCUGAGGAGCUCCAGCCAAGUGAGAGUGAGUCCGAUGAUGAAGGCCCAGAACUUUUACAGGUUACCAGAGUCGACCGAGAAAAUGUGCUUGCCAGUGUUGCUUUUCCCACUGAGAUUAAAGUCGAUGUGUGUAGGAGAGUGAAUCUGGACAUUACUACUCUAAUCACUUACGUAUCUGCUCUCAGCUAUGGAGGCUGUCACUUUAUCUUCAAAGAAAAAGUACUCACAGAACAAGCAGAGCAGGAGAGGAAGGAGCAGGUUCUACCUCAGCUGGAGGCCUUUAUGAAGGACAAGGAGUUGUUUGCCUGUGAAUCUGCUGUCAAGGAUUUCCAGUCCAUUCUAGAUACCUUAGGAGGACCUGGGGAGAGGGAGAGGGCCACCAUGCUAAUUAAGCGAAUCAGUGUGGUGCCAGACCAGCCUUCCGAGCGUGCCUUGAGACUAGUGGCCAGUUCCAAGAUUAAUAGUCGUUCAUUAACAAUUUUUGGGACGGGAGAUACCCUGAAAGCUAUCACCAUGACUGCAAACAGUGGUUUUGUCAGAGCUGCAAACAAUCAGGGUGUUAAGUUCAGUGUGUUUAUCCAUCAGCCCAGAGCACUCACUGAGAGUAAAGAGGCUGUAGCCACCCCCUUACUGAAAGGUUACAUGAAUGACUGAACACUAAAAAUUGUCGUGGAAGUAAGUUAUUUAUACCAAAGGUUGGCCUUCCCUUCUUAACUGAGGGGAGUAAAAGAGGUUUAUAGUAAAAAAUGAUACUUAGAACCAGUAGACUUUUGUGUGUGUGUCAUCUAUAUUUGAAGUAAAUAAUCUCUUAAAGUAGAAAAAGCACAAGAGAUAAUUUUUUCAAGCUUCUUGCAGUUAGAAACAAUACAUCAGGGCUUUUAGCCAUCUCAUGAUAGGUUAGUUUGAUGCAAUGUGGUUGCAUAAGCCUCUAUAGCUAAUCACACACAGUUUUGUGGAAUCUGGCUACACUGGGCUGUCUUGUGUUCAUUAAAUAUCUGGAGAAAACUGCAACUUGGUUUUUCAUUGUAUUGGUUUUAGCAGUUGAUGUGGGUUGAGACAGAUAUAAAAAUGGAUCCUUUUAGAUUCUAAAGUCAAUACCCAUUUUGAAUGAAAAGACAUGUACUUGAGGGCUAUGUGGCAGGCACAGUCUGGUAGGUAUGUUUACAACAGAAGAAAAACAAUUCUGGCUAUAGUCAAUACUGUAAACCUCUUUGUACACUUUUUUGUGGAAAGUCUUACAUUGUACUUGAGUUAAAUGUCAAUUUGAAUAAAUUAGGAAAGAAUUUAUAUAGAAUAUUUUUUGGAAAUCAUAUUUUACUCAAUUUAUCUAACCCAGCCACAUAGUGCAAGUCUUCAAAUUAUGAAUAGUACUUUUGCAUCUCCAUUUGUAAGUGGCAGCUGUAUCCAUUACCCCACGAAAUAGUGCUGAGAGAAUCUGUGCCACUGUGUAAUACAGGUUGUCAUUAAAAAUUUAUAUGACUGCA